UACCUGCGUUGUUUUUUUGAGAUACGUGUUUGCCGAGGAUCUGAAAGAUAGAUUUGUUUUUGUUCAAGUUUUAAUGUUGACUUUGAUCUUUUAUUAAUGGGAUUCCUAUGCUAAUGCAGUGUUUCCGCAGUGAAGUACUUUCACCAGGAACUCUAUUGAUAUAUAUCUAGAGACAAUUUCAUUGAUUUAAGCCUAGAUAAAGUGACAGUUCACCAGUCGAAGAUCAAUGGUUGUUAUGUACGAAUGUUUUAAAAACUUAAUUGCAUUUUAUUGAUAAAUAAACAAAGCAAAAAAAAAAAUGUCUAUGCACAUUAUCAAUAUCAAUUACCAAUUCACUAGUUGUUAUAUGUCUGUAAUACGUUUCGGUCAUUAGCAGAUCUCUACAUUAAUAUUUUAUGUUUGAAAACACGUUUAAUUAUGUAUGAAGGAUUUAUUUAGCUAAACGUCUUAAGACUUUUCAUGUUUGUUUUGAAAAAUGAUGUUUUUCAGUCCGGUGGAUGCUUUUAGAGUAUGAAAAGGCUUUAGGUAUCAACUUUAAUUAAGUGAUUUUUAUUGUAAAAGUUCAUCUGGCUAUUUUGGAAGUGGAUCUUUAAAACUGGAUGAUUGUUAUCAUACUUAUUAAGAUCCUUCUUGUGGACACGAGGUUGUCUUUUAUAUCUUAAUCUUCAGUUGGGUUAAUCAUUCAGAGAAUAUUGUGUAAGUUUGUAAACACAGUCACCCCAAAGACAUACAAAUUCAACAUUGGUCAAAUUCAGUGGAUCUUUUUUUUUUUUGACAUUUUCUGUGUGGAAUAUGUAUAUUGGUGUAAAACAGGGCAGUAUGAAGCAUUGUUUACAAUAGAGUUGAAAAUUAAUUAAGAAUUAUAAAAGAAUCAUGCAGUACAAAGUUGAUCAAUAUUUGAGGAAAAUGGAUCUAUACGUUUUGAAAGGAUAGCGUAAAAUCUGUAGUAGCGAAUACAGAAAAAAAUUAGAACAAUGGAGGUUAUAAUGGAAACGUCUACCCCAGUUGAUGACAUGUACGAGGAGAGGUGUGUGAAAUCAGCAGGUGCUCGUGUGUUUAUUACUGAUUUAGAUUUACACGACAAUGAUGAUGAUGUAACUGAAGAUCUUAUUGACAAGAUUUCUAUUGAAAAUAAUUGCUUUCCUACAAUCAGUAGAAGCAGUAACAGAUCUCGGAAGUCACAUGCUGACAGCUCCUCACAUGGUUUGAAUAGAGGUCAAAGUUCAGACAGUGAUAGUGACCAUGAAGAGGGCAAGGUUACAACCUUUGAACACGACUUCAACGCAGUUGAUAUCACAGAUGAAAAAGCUUUUGAUACAGAUUUGGAAGUCGAAGAUUUAGUAGGACAUUUUCUGGAUGGUUCCUAUGAUGCUCAUCAGAGAAUAGCACAUUUGCUAACUUCAGAUCAAUCAACAACAUAUGAUCAUACGGGAAAGACUGCGUACAUUGACACUUGUAAGAAGCUUGGUGUUGUUCCGGCCUCAUACUUUCUACGGCACAUGCAGGAUAGACAUUUAAACAUGAGACAUCAUGGUCUAGGUCCAGCGGGAAUGAGGGCUCUAGCGGAAUCAUUAUCAUCAAAUACGAGUGUGUUGGAAUUAGAUCUCAGUGACAACUGGUUGGGUGCUCAAGGAGGGUUGGCUGUUUGUGAAAUGCUCAAAGAUAAUUGUUUUAUAACGGAAUUGAAUCUGUCAGAUAACAGACUUGGUACUGGUUGUGCUCCACAUCUAGCUCAGAUUAUGCAACAAAAUGUCACACUAACACAUGUAACACUCUCAGGGAAUGAAUUUGAUGACCAUUCUGCUCCAUAUUUUGCGGAGGCCAUUUUGAACACAACGAAAGUUCUGUAUUUAAAUCUAAGUCAUAAUAGUUUUGGUGAUGUAUCAGGAACCAUAUUGGGACCAGCUAUAGCUGAUAAUAGCUGUAUAAAGGAACUGGACUUGUCCUGGAACUGUAUACGGAGAAAAGGGGCUGUUGCCAUCACACAAGGCGUUAAGAACAAUAUAUUUAUGAAGAAGAUUGACCUGUCUUGGAAUGGGUUUGGUUUAGAGGGAGCAAUAGGUCUUCAAGAUGCAUUGAAAGGAAACUCUGUUUUAGAAGAAUUAGACAUAUCAAACAAUCGUAUCACAGCUGAAGGUGCAGUUAUUAUUGGAAAAGGGUUAUCAGUCAACGAAACGCUUACUACUUUAAAGAUGGGUAAAAAUCCUAUGCAAAGUGCAGGAUGUUACGGUAUAUGUGCUGCAAUUUUACGCAAUCCAAACUGUGUGCUCAAGGUUAUAGACUUCAAUGAUAUACUGGUGAACAAAGAUUUUGAAGAUGUAUUCAAGCAAGUUCAGGAACAAAUUCCAGACAUCCAGCUAACACAUGGGGGAAUGGAACCGCCCCCUAAGCCUAAAGCGAAAGUACACCCCAUGGUCAAAUUGGUGAAUUACAUAGAGAAGCAUGAACUUAGACUUGUCGACUUCUUCAAUAAGUUUGACAAAGACGGAAGUAUGAGUGUAACACAUGAGGAAUUUGUGGAAGGAAUUGAGACAGCCAGAGAAGCUAUAAGAAAAAAUGCACAGGAAACAGGUAUAAAACUAAGUGAUGGAGAAAUUGAGGAGUUGCUAAAUGAACUGGAUAGAGAUGGUGAUGGGGAGAUUAACUACAAUGAGUUGGUUGUGAGCCAUGUAGACUUUCAGGAGAAAAGAGAACAGAUAAAUACAGUGCUUACAGUGAUGCAACCACGACCUAUGACCACAUGACCUUGACCUGAAGGUCAAAAGUCAAGAAAUUGUUCUUGUUGCCAUAGUAUUAAAAAACUAAUCAAACUUUCCCUGACCAUCGAAUUUGCUUAAAACUUUGGUAUUUGACAUUAUGUAGAUUUUAUAUGAGGGGAAAAUAUGUUUAAAGUUGUUACUUUUCGUCAGUAUAAAUUUGUUGUUGACUAGUUUGAAUAUAUUUUGUAAUUUUAAUUUAAGAGUUGUUGAUACAACUGCACAAGUGUAUGACUAUGUGUUUAUUUAAAUAUGGUUUUAACUACACAUACUUUAGAGAAUGUAUGAACAGUAAAACAGAUUGCUCUCAGUCACAAGGGGAUAGGCAAAGUGCUCAGGUUAUAAAAGGGUCAUAGAAAAUAUAUGGAAUCUAGCCAGUGACAACUUGAUCGCCCAGGGCAGCCCUGGUGCUUGCAGAGUCCUUAACCUUUAGCCUGCUAAAUUUCUAAAAUGGACUUGUCAAUCAUUAAAUUUGAGCAGUAUCAUUUAUAAUCGAAGGGGCAUUUACUGACUCAAUAGCGAACAGUGCGGACAAUGAUCAGCCUGCAUGGAUGUGCAGGCUGAUCUCGGUCUGCACUGGAUGCAAAGGCAGAGUCACUUGCCGCCAGCAGGCUGAAGGUUAAUGUUAAAGCUAGCAGUGUUUAUCUGUAGUUAUUUUUACAGUAUAGUUAUUUAAACGUACAUCAAGUAUUUAAGAUACCUUCUGUAAUGAGGUGACCAUGCAUUUUUACUAUGAAAAUUUAGAUAAAUUUUACAGAUGUAGGUUUCCCCCUUUAGUUAAAGCAGUUUCAUAGUCAUUACCAUAUGAUAAACUUUUGAAAUGCAUCCUUCGUGUUUUAUCUUUUUCUCUCACUUUAAACAACAUUCACAUUUAAAACACAUUAGCUAUUGACUGCCAGAUAUUGAAUAUUUUGAAUAUCAGUGAUAUGUUAAUAACAUAUUAUCAUGUUGAAUAUUCAUGAAAAAUUCAUAUGUAUGCAUAUUCAUCAAUUCUUUGCAUAAUUAUGUCACUAUAUUUUAAGAUAAAAGUAAUUCAAACAAUUACUGAAUAAGAAGAUUCUACAUUACCUUAAUUAUUUAGCAUUUAAAUCAUCAGUAAGUUUUAUUGUUACCGUAUUAUCAUUGCUGUUAAACAGAUUACAGUCAAACCUGUAUUAAGGUGAUUCUGCAUGUUCUUAUUAAAAUUUUUUCUAAAUUGUAGAAUUUCAUAGAAUCAAUGUUUUUUUUCAAAACAUCAAGAUAUACUAAGAAAUUUCCAGCAGUAAAAAAGUAGGGCCAUAUGCUUGAUUUUUUUGCUAGACUGAUUUGAAAAAUUAGGAUCUGUAAAGUUGUCAUAGCUGAAGACAUAUACAGAAAAAAGCUACAACAUAUUUUUUAUGAAACUUCACAGAUUUAAAUUUGCAUAUUGUAUUUCAUUUGGUUUAAGAAUUCUAUGUAAUGUUUUAUGCUUGUUUUUGGCCUAUUUUCCUGUGAUUGAAUAGAUUCUCCAAAUUCAAACUAAUUUAAAUGACCUAAUUUGGAUGGUUUACACGUGUCAGUAUUUUUGUUCAUAUAGUUGAUCUUUUGAAAGAUAGAAACAUUGCCAUUAUACUGUGUUGGUGCCCCGUAAAACCCAAAUAAAUAAAUAAAUAAAUUAAGAUAAAUACAAUGGUUUCCAUGUGGUGCAAUUAAGCAUCUAUAUACUGGAUCCAGGCUUUAUUCUGUGUUUUACUGAUAAAUGAUGUUAUGCCAUCACUGCCAGUUUUUCAACAUGCAGAAAUACCUUUAACAGCCAGCCAAAAAAGCUAAAUCGACACGGUAGCUUGCUGCCUGGGAGCUUAAAACAAGCGGCUGGUUAUUACAGUUUACGACAUAAUAUUAUUGUGAUUCUUUAAGACUUAGGAACUGAUCUUAAUAAAUCGCUGGUGUGUAAUUUGUGCAAUUGACUGGUCUAUAAUUCAGGCUUAAUUUUGCCUGGCUGAAGUCAAAAUUUGAAGAAACAAAUAUGAAAAAUUAUUUCUGGUGUCUCUUAUUGACUGGCUUGCUGCAAAAGAAGUGUCUAUUAUGUUUUGAAAUGGCAUUCUUUUUUUUACUGUACUUUGAUUCCCUGCCUUACCAGUAUUGUCAAUAUAUGUAUUGUUCAUGUUUUGUUAUUGCUUGAGCAUUGUAGGGUAAAUUAGCACAUACUAUGUUUUGUGUGUGUGUUCCAUUUUUAGCCCGCCUGAGCCAAAGGCUCAUGGUGAGCUUUUGUGACUGCUCAAUGUCAGUCGUCCUUCCGUCAACAUUUUCUAAAAAAAUCUUCUUCUUGAAAACCACUGGGCAGAAUUACACCAAACUUCACAGGAAUGAUUCUUGGGUGGUCCUCUUUCAAAAUUUAUAAAAAAAAUGAAUUCCAUGCAAAACUCUGCCAUGUGAACUUGAAGAAAAAAAAAUAAAAAUCUUCUUGUCCAAAUCCACAAGGCUUAGAGCCUUGAUAUUUGGCAUGUGACAUCAUCUAAUGGUCCUCUAUGAAAAUUGUUCAAAUUAUGCCCCUGGGGUGAAAAAAGGCCCCGCCCAUGGGGUCCCAAGUUUUACAUCGACUUAUAUUGGAAAAAACUUCAAAACUCUUCUUGACUGAAACCACAAGACCUAGGCAUUUGAUAUUUGGUAUGAAACAUUGCCCUCUGGUCCUCUACUAAGAUUGUUGAAAUUAUUACCCUGGGUGAAAAGAGGCCCUGUCCCAGGGGGUCCCAAGUUUUACAUAGACUUAUAUAGGAAAAAACUUUAAAAAUCUUCUUGUCUGAAAGUGCAAGGCCUAGGUUUUUGAUAUUUGGUAUGUAGCAUUGCCUAGUGGUCCUUUACCAAGAUUGUUCAAAUUAUGUCCUCGAGUUGAAAAGAGACCCCACCCAGGGGGUCCCAAGUUUUACAUAGACAUACAGGAAAAAUCUUUAAAAAUCUUCUUGCCUAAAACUGCAAGGCCUAGGGUUUGAUAUUUGGUAUGUAGCAACUUAAAAAAUGGAACUGUGUGCAUGCUUAUAUAUACCACUUUGAUCACCAUCUUGCUUUCAUUUUUUGUGUUUGUUUAUUGUCGUACUUGUUGUUUGUGCUUUUCAUGAUCAAUGCAUAAUUUUGUACAAAAGCACAGAAUGUGAUAGAGAAAUUUAUCAUAAUACAUAUUAUAUGUUUACAUUGAAGUAGUAUUAUUUAUGACUGAGAAAAAAAGAAAAUAUAUGUUGAGAAGUUUUA